UAAACUAUACAGAAAAAGAAUCUAUCGUUGGGAUGUUAUAAAAGAAGCCCACCAAGACUUCAAUGCCUUCAUUGAUGAUGUCUUUAAUAUUAUCAAGGAAACUCGUAUCAGCGUUAAAGAUGAAUAUUUUGAAAUGUCGGCAAUAGAAUAUAAGGACCAUAUCACAGAACACACCAAUUACAAUACUAUGAGAUUAUAA